AGGAGGUCCCGGAGGCGUGGACUCUGUUCAAUUUGAAGCGCAUUAUUCAUACACGCACCACACAAACAGACGGACCUCGAUCGUUUUCUGCGUAAAAUUGCCGCACUUACCGAAAAAAUAUACGUACUUAAAAUAUAAAAUAUAUAUUUGGGCACCUGCAGUAUUUGUGUUUUUUUUUUAGUAGAAAAUAUAUCGUUAUAUUGUACGCAUUCGUCGUCCCGAACCGUCACCAUCAUACGAUUCGACCAGAUUAUGUCGGGCACAAUGCGCGAGUCUCCGUCGGACUUUAGAAAUGGAGAUUUGAUAAGUCGUUUAUUAGCAGCCACGCCACCGUAUCAAACCAACUCUACGUUUGUACCGCCAGGAUUAUAUUUUAGUGAAAUGCUAAAAAGAUUCGUACAGGCAAAAUCUUGUGUACCCUUAUCCUUAAAUAAAAGAGGACGAAAACGGACCUGGAAGGAUAGCGGAAAGACCGAACUACCGUCUGAAGCCAAGCAAAAGAAAAUGGAUUUCGUACCAAUACCACCACCCUCACAAACGGAACCGCAAUUUCCAUUAUGGUACCCACCAUUUUAUCCAUCUACUUAUCCGCCGGUGUAUUUUAAGACUCCGGAAGCGGAACCGCUGAACUUACAAAUACGUUCGGAUCCGUUAAAGCAAGACAGACAUUAUUCGGCGUUCCGUGUACCCGAACCGUCCAAAGUCGAAGAACUCGAAAACAUCAGCAAUAAACACGGGACGAGUUAUUUGAUGGGCAACUUGACGAAAAUAUACAGGCAAGUGGCGCCGGAGGAGGAAAAAAUUAUCGAUGUGGAGGGGGAUGGUCCUGAAACAGCGCAAACCGAAGGUGGCGAAAAAAAAAACUGUAAGGAUUUGACGGCUCUAAUCGGAUUAGAAUUAGUUGUAGAUUACGUGAAGCACGGAAAUAAUAAAGACGGUCAAAAUGAUCAAAAUGUCAAGUGUUGCCAAAAUGCAUAGUUCAAAAUAUGUUAAAUUGAUGCUAUUUAAUCAAACGUACAUUUUUUAAUUUUUGUGUAACCCGCAGUCAGUAUUAUAUAAAUGAUAAUAUAUAUAUGAAUGUAUAUAUUGUGGUUUUAGAUCUCUUACGUUCAUUAAUGAUGUUCAAAAUGUCAUUUAAUUAUUUUCCUUUAGUUUCAAAACUUUAUAAUAUAGAUAAAUAAUUAAUAGUUUAAUUAGUCAUGAUACCUAAGUACCUAUAUAUUGUAUGUAUUAUCUAAAUUGUAUAUCGAGGAAAAAAAAAUGAUAUUCUGAUAGGUACUAAUUUAUUUUAACAAAACUAUUAUACAAUUAAUGAAGAUCAUAGUUUGACUAUAAGCAUUAAUAUCAAUGUUGAAUACUUUUGAGUGGUAUAAUUAACUAACCAUAAUAGAGGAUAUUACACCGACAUUUGUUGUCUCCGUCUUACAAGUGUGUAACAUAGCAAAUGUGGUGCUCAGCAGAUCACUUUUAACUCGGUUAGUUUAAAAAUUAGAGUGAAUUUACCUCUUAUAAAAUUUAAAGGUAAGAUUGUAAUCUAUGGUAUCUCAUAGGCUUUUUGUUAUAUUUUAAUUUUAAAGCGAUGUAUGAAUAUUUUAAAAUUGUAAAUUGUUUGUAUAUCUUAAAAUUCUCAUAACUGGCUUUAAAAUUGGAAUAUAACAAAAAGUCCAUGAGAUGCCCUAUCUAGAUAAUAAUUUUAUGUUUAAAUUGUAUUAGGAGUAAAUUCACUCUAAUUUUUAAAUUAACAGAUUUAAACGUGAUCUGCUGAGCGCAAGAUUUGCUAUUUUACGCAAAAGUAAGACGGAGAUAACAAAUGUCGGUGUAAAGCCCGGUCCAGACCAAGAAACAUUUGUAGGAAACAUAUGUUUCUGACAUUGUCGUUGACAAAUAUUUAUGUAACCGCUUAUGACGGGAAAUUAGAAACAUUGUCGAUGACAAUGUUGGAAACACGUGUUUCCGACAAAAUUUUCUUUGGUAUGGACGGGGCUUAACGUUCUCAUAAUAUGGUAUUCUAUAAAUUAUCACAAAAUUGUCUAUACUCCGGCCCACGAGAGUCCAUAUGUCAGAACGCGUCCGUCACUCAUAGACCUUAUACUACUAGACGGAACAUCCAGACGGGAUGCGGGUGGGUGGUGCGGUCUACGCUACAGUGAUAUAUAUAUAUUAUAUACAGUAAUAUACAGAGUAUUGUAUGCAUCUAAUGCGCAUGUGCGGUGUACGGUGUACUACCUUGAUCAGCGCCGUCACGCUUGGACACCGGAACUACUACCACGUACCGUCUAUUAGUAUAAGGUCUAUGCCGUCACUGCGCAUCGGCACGUUGCCGAAUAGUGGGAAUGGCAUCAUGGUGGGAGAAAACAGACGUCACGUAAUGAAUGCGCGGUUUACGUAUGGACUCUCGUGGGCCGGAGUAUAAUCAAUUGCUUUUAUAACUUUAUUUCAAUACAUCCAUUUUCAGGAUUUUAGUAAUUUGUGGCUAUUAUAGGUAUUAUCUUAAUGUGUAUAAAGUGAAAAUUACAUACAUCUAUCUACUAUAGUUACUUUAUACAGUGCGUUUACCCGCAUACACAUUUCGCAUUACAAUAUAAUUAUCGUUACAUAUUAUAUAGGUAAUAAUUUUAGAAUAAUAUAAUAAAUAAUUAUAAUACUUUAAAAUAAUUUCAAAUUUUGGGUAGGUAUACUUAAUUAUCGAGUUCAGCUGAUAACUUUUUACCUUACAUCGGACCUUCCGAUAAAUAAUUAAAUAAUAUAAGAUUCGUUGUCCGUUACAUAGUAUGAUCUUAUUGUAAGACAUUGUGAUACACAAUCAAUAAUUUUAAUUUUAAAAUAUUAUUAUAUAUUAGGUAUUAUGUAACAAUUAAUUAAUUAGUAAUAAUUACUGUACGAGUUUUCAUAAAUAUUUAUAUUUUAUUAUUCGAACGCAUUGAAAUAGAUUUAGUAGACAAAUCUUGGAAGUAACUAGGUACGAUAUCUAAAAAUAAGUCCAGUAGCGUAUCCAGUGGUUUAGGGGGUUGUAACCCCCACCCCAAAAAUUGUUGAAUAAUAACAGCAUUUUCAUUAAAACAUAAUUUAAAUUUAAUAAAAUUAAUUUUAGCCCACCCCACCCGAAAAAAAUUCUGGAUAUGCCAUUGAAAAUAGCUGAUAAUGUACCUAUUUAAAUUCAUAUUAAAAAUAAAUUAUGUGGCAUUAUAUAGGUCAUAAUAAAUAUUAAUUGUGAGCGUGAUUUUUUUUCGAUAUCCGUCAUUUUAUGUAAAACAUACUUUUAACAAUCACGAAAAUUGUUAAACGGUUAGACUUGAUUCUCAUUGUAACUAUCUAGUCAUUUCGUUACCUAUUAUAAUAUAUACCUACAUUGUAUUAUCAUUAUUUUUAUUAUUUGGUUAUCUUUCAAAAACCUUGGUUCAGUCGGUGUUAAACUAUUCUUACUACUAAAUUAUUUGAUGUGUCUAUAAAUUAUAAUGAAUAAUUAUUGUUAUAUUAUGUUUUAUUUAUAUUCUUGAAUUAUAAAUAAUACUUAGUCAUUUUGAAAUUAAUUCAGUUAAGUUUUUAUAUUACUCACAUUAUACUCAUAACCCGUGUAUCCUGUACCUAUCCUAUAUACAUAUUGUAACAUGUUAUACUAUAUGUAUCUAUAGGUAACCAACCUUUGUUCUAUGUCACCACUAUCGGCAUUAAGUAUUAACAAAUAACAAUAUUAUGAUAUUACUAUAAUAUCACUGUUGUAAACAUGAACUAUAUGAUAUCGUAUACCGUAUCUAACUGCAUUGAAUGGACUGGAAACGAGCAGCUUAUCAAUGGCCAUACGAAUGUAUGUACAAGAGGCAAGUGCGGGGGGUCGCAAUGCCGACCUAGAGUUUCCAACGCCAUCAGUAUAGACUACAGACUAAGAUACAAAAUGUGAAGCCAAAUAAAACCACCGUCAGCAUUGAAAACAUUGGGUCCCCAAGUAUGAGGAACCUUUUGGUGUCUGUCCCCCGACCCCCGACCCCCGUCGAGUAUGUCGUUUCUAAUGCAUAAUAUAUUAGUCCAGAGGUAUUCAAACUUUUUCAUCCCAAGGCUCCUUUGAGUCUUCACAAAAUGUUGACGGCUCCCAAAUUAAAAAUGACUGAUAAUUUAACUCGCGACUAAUACUGCCAAACACGACAUACGCAUUGAUGAUUUAACGAUGGCAGUUGAUGGUA